AUGGCGCUGAAAUUGAAAGAAGUUUCACUAGAAUUCCCUUACGAACCUUACGAAUGUCAGAAAAAGUUCAUGGAGACAGCUUUGAUGGCACUGAAAACGGUAAUUAUUCAUAGACAACUUGAUCAAGAAUGUUUAGAGACAAAAUGCAUGUCUGGAAAGUCCGACAGGAACAGGCAAGACGUUGUCAUUGUUGGUAUCAGCGCUUGGUUAUGUUCAAGAUCAGAAGAACAAGUUCAGGUUGGAUCAUGAACAGGUCGAGAAGUUGAUGCAGAAGGGAGUUAAAUUGGGUUAGGUUGAGGUUUGACUUUUUUGGAUGUAAAAUAUGUUUUUGUAAGGUUUUUGAUGUCUUGUAAAAAUUAAAGGUUUUAAUAAAUUAUAUUGUUGUAGAUGCCAAGGGCGGAAUAAUGGAGACGAGAUUCUUUCCUCAAGUUAUCUAUGCAUCUAGAACUCAUUCUCAGCUAAAACAAGUUGUUAGAGAAUUGAAUAAAACAAUUUACAAAGCGUGAGUUGGAACACUUAUGGCUCAAAAUAGGCCUAACUUUGUAUGUGUAAAAUACAAAUUUCUAUUUCUUUCAGGACUACUCGGGUUGCAUUCUUAGCUGGACGUGAACAGUUAUGCUUGAAUGAGAAAGUGCAGAAACAACCAAAUUCUUCUUUAAAGGUAGUUAUAUGUAAUAGUUAUCUCUCUAACAGUUUGUUGACGAACUGUGGUAGCUAACGUGUGGUAGUAUGUAAUAUAUACGAAUAACAAAUUUUUUGAUAGUUAACUUAUAAGUAUUGUGUAAAAUACGUAUUUGAAUUCGACUACUAUUAUACCUUUUUAGAGUCAAAUGUGUCGCCAAUUGGUUCGCAGUAGAAAGUGUCAUUAUCACAAUGAGGCUGAUAAGAUGGCUGGUAUGAUGGACAAGUUUAUGGCCGAUGGGAACGGGGAUAUCCUUGACAUUGAGGAUCUUAUGAAGGCUGGCCAGACACAUCGGUGAGUUUAGUCUUAAUGUGCCGGGAACUAUUUAUUUUAUCCAAAGUCUUUUUAUAUUACCUAAAAUAUUUUCAAGUGCAAAAUCAGCGAUUGUCUAGUUUAGAAGUUGUCCAUUCUACAUGACCAGGGAACUACAGAAGAGUGCAGAUCUGUUGUUAAUGCCAUACAAUUACAUACUGGAUCCACAGAUCAGAGAGAUCUUCAAGUUGGAGGUUGCUGGCAACAUCGUCAUAUUUGAUGAAGCUCACAACUUGGUACGGUAUAUUGAUUUUUUGUUUUAUAAACCUUAUCGUUACUUCAGAAUUGAUAAAGAUAUUGUAAAUGAAACUUUUUUUAUUUUAAAUUAAACAUUUAUAGGGUAAAAUAGCAGAAUCGUCUGUAUCGAUGACUUUAACUUCUAAAGACGUAGCGUUGUGCAUCAAAGAGGCUCAGGAUUGUUUAGAGGCUGUACUAGAAGCACAAGAAGAGAAGCGUGAAGCUUUUGAGAAUUCAGAAGUUAUGUUUCAUCAGAUGGAACAACAGAAUAAGAAAGGUGACUCAAAGAAGGAUAACGAGAGUUACAGUCCGUCGAAGGAGGAUCUUACUUUCUUUUUAGGUAAGACUUUCUGUUUGUAAACCUAUGUAUGCUGUUUGCAAAAUGAAAGGUGUUACAGUAGGUUCAAUCUGAAAAUUAGUUUUGAACGUUCAGGCUAUAUUUAGUCAUUGUUAUUAUUUUAGAAUUCCUGAUAAAAUUGGAGGAAAACAUUGACAACUUUGGCAGCGACCAAGCUGGCAAUGGUGUCACAGUGCCAGAUCUGGCUGGUAAGGUGUUUCCAGGACGAGAGUUUGUCAAAAUAUUGUACGACAGUGGAUUUAGUCCAGCAAACUCGUCUCAGAUUGGAGCUUUAAUCGACAAAAUGGGAUCUUUCAACGUUAAAAUGGGUAGGAAUUUAUAAUCUAAAACAACAUUAGCUCACGUUUUAUAAAUUUUGCUGUUUUAAAGUAAAAACCUAACUAAACAGUACAUUUCAGAAGACGAAGGUGGUGCACUGACCAAACGCCAAGACAAACUGUCCUACUUUUCCUCGAUUUUGUCUCGGGUUUUCUCAAUUGGUGCUCAGUCUCCGAACGACGAUGUCUACGACUUGUUCCAGUUGUACUUCACAGAACCAGAAUCUGGAUGUUAUCGUCUCGACUUCUGGUGUUUUUCCCCGCAGAUUGGAAUGAAAUAUCUGGCGAAUCUGAAGCCAUUGUCUAUUAUACUGGCUUCUGGAACGUUGGCUCCUAUCAAGAACUUCGUGGAUUCAAUGGGAAUGUAAGGCUAAGUUUGACAUGAGGGAGGUUAGGCUAAAACGUAUAUUUUGAAAUAAAGCUAUUAGGUGUUUUAAAUAUUAACAAUAAUUUCAACUAAUUUUAGAUCAUUUCCAUUUGUUUUGGAGAACGAUCACGCUGCCAAAUCGUCUCAAAUUGUGGUCAGAUCAAUUCAGAAGUCUUUCAAUCAAGCUAGUUUAUACGGAACUUUUCAGAAUCGGUGGGUUAAACUUACAUUAUUAAAUUGUCGAUGUACUGCAUAAACUAAAGAAUAAUCUUGUUUUUUAUUCUAGAGAUUCUGCUGAAUACCUGAAUGGAGUAGGAGAAGCAAUCACUGGACUAGCCGAGAAUGUGCCUCAAGGAAUGUUGGUCUUUUUCCCCUCUUACAGCCAAAUGAACAACUUUUUGGAUGCUUGGAAGGUAUGUAUUACAUUUAAAUAUAAACGGUAUUUCAACCUAUGGUUAGUUAACGUAUUAACCUAGUUUAGAAACCUUCAAAAGGCCUUCAAAGCAGAUGGGAGAAGCUACAGUCGUGUAAAAAGCUGUGUGUAGAGCCAAAGAAUCGAACGGAAGUCAGCUUAGUUGUGAGAGAGUUCGAUCUAGCUGUCAGAUCGGGUAUGGGUGCGAUUCUGUUUGCUGUAUGUCGAGGAAAGAUGUCAGAAGGAAUCGACUUCGCGGACUGUCAUUGUCGAGCUGUAGCCAUCGUGGGAAUACCCUUCCCUCCAGUCAAGGAUCCAUUUGUGAUACUGAAGAAGAAGUUUCUAGGUCAACGGUUGGCCAAAGGAUUCAAGGAGAUGAAUCCAGAAGAGUGGUACCGUGUAGAAGCGAUUAGGGCAGUGAACCAGGCUGUGGGCAGGGUAAUCAGACACAAAGACGACUUCGGGGUAGUUUUGCUGUGUGAUUCUCGGUGAGAUUACUUUUAAAACAUUGGAUUAAUGUUUCUAGUAGACAAGAAAUUCAUCUCGAAGUUUUUUUCAGAUACGGCACAAUGCCAACUACCGUAUACCCAGCAUGGCUGCGAUCGUCUUUUAAAGCCGAGCUGGAGGCCAAGAAGACCUUCGCGGACAUUCGAAGGUUCUUCGCCGAAAGGAAUCUGGCUGUUAUGAAGUCGACUUGCAAACGACCUCACUUGACGAUAGCUACAGAAGACGAUGAGGCGAAGAAAAAGAAGUCGGACCAGGACUUCAUGGCUAUCAAAAACAUGUAUUCGCAGUCACAGGCUUCUACGAGUUCACAAUCUACUUCGUCCCAACUUUUGGUUACUGAACCUCAAGUUGUGGACACUAAGACAACUCUCAAGUCCACCUUCUUUUCUAAUGCCAGUAAUGCCUCUGCCACACAACCUAAAAGACGAGUUCUUAAACUUUCUGUAAGUUCCUAUUUACAGAUUCAGUAACUCUUGUUUUACAGUUUUCUAUAGAUUUAUGCCCUCUUUUCAGACCAAAAAACCGGUUUUUGGAUCAAAACCCAGCUGA